AUGGCUGGCAGCCUUUCAUCCAGUGAGCUGGAGCGCACAUUCGGCGUGUUCUUCAUAGGAUAUGUAGCAGCCAUGGUCGGCUAUGGGUUCACUUUCUUCCAGACUUACGUCUAUUACUCUCGCUAUCCUCGGGAUCAUUGGGCUAUCAAGUUGACGGUUACUGCUCUAAGCUUGCUGGAUACAGCUGCUUCUGCAUUGAUAUCCCAAGCACUGUAUUUCUAUCUUGUAAACCUAUUUCCGUACGAAUCAGGCCUCGACAAUGCUACUCAUACGUUCUCCACGGAAAUUGCCCUCGCAAUUAUAGCCAAGUGGAUAGUGCAAAUGUUUUACGCUUAUCGCCUCUGGACCAUAUCUACGAGCGUUCAACGCCUUGGCCCGGCUGUGAUUGCGGUGAUGUCUACUGCAGCGCUAGUUCCUUUCCUCCUCAUCCUCCUUUCCAGUAUCAACGAUCCCAGGAUUGCCCACCUAGCGAAUGAAGGACCUCAGGCUGUAGUCGCCAGCUGUCAAGCACUCACCUUCGUAGCAAGUCUACUGACGUUUGUGCUCCUAUGUUACCAUCUCCGCCCCUCCCACACUGCAAACAUGAAACCUAUCGAAGGAUGGUUUGACAACAUGGUUGCCUACAUCAUUAGCCGCGGCUCUGCUGGUACUUUGGUUCAGCUUGGUUUCUUCAUUACGUUCCUGAUUGCACCGGCGAAUCUGUACUGGAUCCCGUUCCACUUCGUUGCCAGCAAACUCUUCAUCAACGGCCUCCUCACUAUGCUCAACUGUCGCGAGGUGGUUCGCGGGCGUGGUGUCAACGAAGAGGAGACUGUUGACUCCAAGAAGGGCUCUGCACUCUCCAGCUCAUCAGGCGAGGCUAGGAGCGGCGGCGCUGUCCGUUUCAAUGUCGAUGGCCACAAAACAUCUCAGCCCGCCAUCAACAUCGAAGUUUCUCGCACCGUACAACAGACUGAUGGUCAAAACAAGAUAUUGUAUGAUCUUGCCGAUAAUGGUUCUUUAUCCGAUGGAACGCCGGAUAAGCCUGAGAAAGCAGAUACGUCCCCCAUCAACGCUGUGGCGACCGUUGAGGUCAUUGCUAUCGUUAUUCAGAAAGCACCUGCUAAGUACUGGACGUGUUCCGUUUACGACGACGGGGCAGGCACUGUCUUCGGCCAGAAUCGUUCGAACGAUAGUCUGGCAAUUACUCCCCCCGGGCCCUCCGAUACUGAUCUGCAAGCUUACAGGCAGUCGCAGAAUACUGACCGAUCAUCUUCGACUUGGGCCGCUUCACCGUUCAUGAAGCAUCGCUGA